AUGAGAGAAAGAUGGUGCAGGGACGGAAAGGCGGAGCGGCUUAGAGAGUCAGUCAGUGGAGCCGUGGAAGUGGACAGAAAUGGCAAAGACCAAGUGCAGUGGACCAACUUUGAUCCGAUGGGAUUCAUUGCUGAGCUGAAGAUGCUGAAGUAUCCGGUGGACAGCUGGGAGGAGAUGCUGGUCAAAGCAGAGGUGGGUCAUGGCUAUAUGGACCGCCCCUGCCUGAAUCCCGCGGACCCCGACUGCCCGUUGUCAGCUCCCAACAAGAACAUGACACAGCCUUUUGACGUGGCUCGUGUUCUGACUGGUGGCUGCUAUGGGCUUUCCAAAAAGUACAUGCAAUGGCAGGAGGAGCUUAUCGUAGGUGGGAUCAAGAAGAACGACAGUGGCAGACUUCUGAGUGCACAGGCCCUUCAGACCAUGUUCCAGCUCAUGACCCCAAAGCAGAUGUACGAGCACUUGAAGGGCUACGAGGGGGUCUCGCACAUCAACUGGAACGAGGACAAAGCAGCUGCCAUACUAGAGGCCUGGCAGAGGAGAUACUCUGAGCUUGCCUAUGCGUGUCUGACCAUGCUGCGGUGGGACUGCGCCAAGUCUCAGGGGGCGGUCGGGCUGGCCGGAGUGUUACUGGUCACUCUUUCUGUCGCCGCUGGACUGGGACUCUGCUCACUUUUGGGCAUCUCCUUUAACGCCGCUACCACACAGGACCGCACUGGUGAAUGUCUGAAGAGGACUGGGGCUAGUGUAGCUUUGACUUCCAUCAGUAAUGUGACGGCAUUUUUCAUGGCUGCUCUUAUUCCAAUCCCAGCACUCCGAGCUUUCUCCUUACAGGCGGCAGUGGUCGUGGUGUUUAACUUCGCUAUGGUGCUGCUCAUCUUUCCUGCCAUCCUCAGCAUGGAUCUGUACCGCCGUGAGGACCGCCGCUUCGACAUUUUCUGCUGCUUUGUCAGUCCUUGCGCUAACCGGGUAAUCCAGUUGGAGCCGCAGGCGGCGUAUGCUGACUCCUCUGCUGAAUCCAGCCACUACAGCCCUCCGCCCUCCUACAGCAGCCACAGCUUUGCCCAGCACACCCAAAUCACCAUGCAGUCCACCGUACAGCUGCGCACAGAGUACAACCCCAGAACACAGGCCUACUACACCACGGCCGAGCCCCAUUCUCAUAUCUCCGUUCAACCCUAUGCCCCCAAUCCCAAUCCCAACCCCAAUCCCAAUCCCAACCGCAACAACAAUAACAACAACAACCACAACAACAGCAGCAGUGCAGGGCCAGAACUGACGUCUGAUACAGCAUCCUGCCAGAGUCCCGACGGUGCAAGCUCCACACGAGACUUGCUAUCUCAAUUUGGGGAGUCGAGUUUACGCUGUCUGGAGCCGCCAUGCUCACGAUGGACAUUUGCAUCGUUUGCUGAGAAGCACUAUGCGCCAUUUUUGCUGCAGCCUACAACGAAGGUGGUGGUGAUUUUGCUCUUUUUGGCACUGCUCGGGGUGAGUCUGUACGGCACCACCCGUGUCCGGGAUGGUUUAGAGCUGACUGACAUUGUGCCACGAGAGACGGGCGAAUACGACUUCAUCCGUGCCCAAUUCCGCUACUUUUCCUUCUACAACAUGUACGUGGUGACCCAGAAAGCUGACUAUGCACAGAUCCAGCCUCAACUCUAUGAGCUGCACCAACGCUUCAGCACUGUGAAGUACGUCCUGCGGGAGGACGACGGCCAGCUCCCACACAUGUGGCUUCAUUACUUCAGAGACUGGCUGCAAGGUCUGCAGGAGGCGUUCGAUAAGGAUUGGCAGACCGGUAGGAUCACUCAGGGGAACUACAGGAAUGGCUCUGAUGAUGGCAUCCUGGCCUACAAACUCCUGGUGCAGACCGGCCGCAGAGACAAGCCAGUCAACAUGAACCUGCUAACUAGACAGCGUUUGGUGAGCGCCGAUGGAAUCAUCAACCCAAAUGCCUUCUACGUUUAUUUAACUGCCUGGGUGAGCAAUGACCCAGUGGCUUACGCUGCAUCCCAGGCCAGCAUCCGUCCGCACCCUCCUGAGUGGCUCCAUGACAGGACAGACUCCAUUCCUGUCAGCAGACUCAACAUUCCUGCCGCUGAGCACAUCGAAUAUGCACAGUUUCCCUUCUACCUCAACGGGCUUCGCGAGACACCACAGUUCGUGGAGGCCAUCGAGAGUGUCCGCUCCAUCUGCAGCAACUACAGUUAUCAGGGCCUGCCCAGCUACCCCAACGGCUACCCCUUCCUCUUCUGGGAGCAGUAUGUAGGCUUGCGCCACUGGCUCCUGCUGUCCAUCAGCGUCGUGCUGGCCUGCACCUUCCUGGUGUGCGCCGCCCAGUGCUGGAUGGAGCAUUUUCCACCCUGCUAG